UUGAAUGUACAUAAAUCUAUAAAAAAUAAAAAUGUACCUAAUAAUGUAAACUGUAAAUAGUUAGGUAGCUAUUGAUGACUAAAUAAUAUUGAAUCUCACUCAUUUCUCAAGAUUCUUGCUUCUUUUUCCUAUCUAAGGUUUUAAUCUGAAUUGCAUCUUUUCUACACCAGUUUAUGAAAUGAAUUAAACCGUCGUUAAUUUGGCAAUUAUUAAAAUGUGAAAAAGUAAAGAUAAUGAAAAAAAAGAAUAAGUGAUUGUAAAUUCUAAUGGUUAGACAAAAUGUAUGGCUAUAGCAAAGAAGCUGUUAGAGUAAAAGUCAAGAAAUGUGAGGGUAAACUUCAACCAGAAUGGCGAAAAUUUUCAGUUGAUCCUCAAAUAACAUCAUUAGAGGUGUUGCAAAGUAUUCUUGUGAAAGCGUUUGAUAUUAAAUCUGAUUUCACCCUGUCCUACAGAGCAGUUGAUGAUUAUGGCCAGGAAACAUAUCUUCCAUUACUGUCUGAUUGGGAGUUAGAUGCAGCCUUUCUAAAAUCACACAAUACAGCUCUGACACUAAAAACAGAGCCAUGUGUUCAGUUGAAGGUAGAUAUGAAGCCAUUUGCAGAGGCCUCCGAGGAUUGGGAGCCCCCUGCUAUUCCGGCAAUACAAGUGGAUACUGAUAGCAGCAAAGAACAAUCAUCAACACAGCAUGUUUUACAAUCUGAAAGACAAGACACCCAGACUGGAUUACAGGGAAUGAUAAUGAACCAGGUGGAAAAGACUUUUAACAUGGUGUCUCGAGCUUUGAAUCUCUAUGAUGAUCCUAAUGCAGCUCCCAGACCCCCACUAAAUGAUAUUGAAUUUCGAUCAUUUUUGGAUGCUGUAGGACAAAUCCAUAAUGCAACACAAUUAAGAGAAGUUAUAUACUGUGGGGGUAUUGAACCUAGCUUACGGAAAGUAGUUUGGAAGCACAUCCUAAAUGUUUACCCUGAGGGUAUGACAGGCAAAGAAAGAAUGGAUUAUAUAAAGAAAAAAGCAAAUGAGUAUUAUUCUUUGAGAGAGAAAUGGAAAGAAUGUGUUAAGAAUGGAAAAGUGAAUGCAGAUCUAGCCUAUGUUACUAGUAUGGUUAGAAAAGAUGUUCUGAGAACUGAUAGACAUCAUAAUUUCUAUGCAGGUAGUGAUGAUAACCAAAAUAUUGCUUCUCUGUUCAACAUUUUAACAACAUAUGCUCUGUAUCAUCCAACUGUCAGUUACUGCCAAGGAAUGUCAGACUUAGCAUCUCCACUUCUUGUUACUAUGGGUGAUGAGGCCCAUGCAUAUAUUUGCCUUUGUGCACUAAUGACUCGUUUAUUUCCCAAUUUCUUACUUGACGGAGUGGCAAUGACACAAAAAUUUUCACACUUGACGGAGUCUCUUCAAGUUUAUGAUCCAGAUUUUUACAAUUACCUCAAGUUACAGCAAGCUGAUGAUCUUCUUUUCUGCUAUAGAUGGUUGCUGUUAGAAAUGAAAAGGGAGUUUGCAUUCGAAGAUGCCUUACGAAUGUUAGAAGUCCUGUGGGCAUCUCUUCCACAAAAGUUUCCAGAUUCUGAGCUAUCUUUAAAAGAAAUAGAGUUUGAUCCUUCAUUUCAAUCUACCAUUGAUCCUGCACCUUUGAGUCCUUUGAUUAAAACGCCAAGAGAAAAUGCUUAUACAAAAGUGUGUGCCAUGCGUAGACAAAGUUCUAGUUUCAGUUUAGCAAAUACGAAGACAUCAAAACUAGUCAAAAUAAAACACUCCAAUCAGAGCUUAGAUGAAAGCCUUUGCCUAAAGACUGACAGAAGUAAGUCCCUAAGACAUGCAAAUAAAUUUCAGAGUUUUGAUGAUGCUGCACUUCAACAACGCGAUAGUAAAGAUGUUAAAAUUGUAAGUGAGUUUACUGAUAACGAAAAAAAAAUUAACAAAAAUUGUAUGAAAAGUGUUCCUGAAGACACAAAAUUACCAAGGAAUCAGGAAACCCCAGGUGGUUGGUCUAGUACUAGUAAUUUACUCAACGGUCAGGGUGAUGUAAAAGAUACACCAUUAGGAAGUCAAAUUAGAUUAUUAAGAGACAAAAUAUCUGUACAUAAUACUAGAUUCUUUUCAUCUUUAGACAAACUUGAUACUUGUAAUGGAGAAACAAAUUGUAAGCCUAAGGUAAAAAUGAUUAAAAAUUUAAACGAGUUUUUGAAUUUAGUUGGUAAAACUGAAAAUAAAGGAGAGCCUUCAACAGAAACAAACUCUUCACAAAGUAAAUAUUCCCAAGUUUGUCCUGAAAUCAUUUUAACAAAAACAUCUCAUGCUGACAUUGAUUCCAAAGUUCGAAUAAAAAACUCAAAACUGUCUAAAAUAAAUUCUGAUAAGAAUGAUAAUAGUAGUCCAGAUGAUUCACAAGAAUAUUAUCCGAUGACAACAUCUAUGACUAGAGAGCUAAGACUUGAGCUGGAACACUUAGAUAGACAAGUGUUUGGUCCAUCAUACAUGAAUAGGUGCAGUAUGAUAUGUGAUUCGCCAUCAGAAUCUACGAGCACAGAAGAAAAGCCAGCCAAGUGUUCCCUAGAAAUACCAGAAAACAAUACUGAUAAUUUAGAAAUGCAAGUAGAAACAACAGAAUCUAUUGCUACAUUAAAAAAGUCUCCACAUUUGGAUACUGUAAAAUUGAAUGCUAGAAGUGCAGAAGACAUUUAUCUCUGGGAAAAUCCUCUUCAUCGUAAUACCCCAACAACUAGAACAACAACAAGCUGUCCGCAAACUCCUGAUGAACAAGCUGAACUAGAUUUUGAUGGAGAUACGGGAGAAAUUUUUGAAGAACACUCUGGUAAGAAAUCUAUAACUCCUAUUAGAUUAUUAAGAAAAAAUAAUUCAUUGGAGCCACAAGACACACAACAGCAACACGAAAACUCUAAGGUACAAUCAGCUGAAUUAGAUUGUUCUGACGAAGAUCCUAUUGACAACGCUACAUUAACAAAUUCAAAUAUCAAUCAGGAAGGCAGUAGUAAAUCCCAUAAGUUUUUCUCCAAUAUGUCACAAGAAUUAGAAAACGCGAAAAAAAAUUGUGAAUCAAUUUUAAAUGUAAGGCAGUCAAAUUUAAAUAGUGUAGCAUCUACAAUAAACAAUUUUCAGAGAAAGUAUGAGGUAUUCAAACAACCUAUGCCAAAAACGGCUCCUGUACUUCCAGGGGAUAAUACUACUAAAAGUAUUAGUAAUUUACCACCACCACAUGUUUUUGGUGGUGGUAACCCAUUUCUAAUGUAUUUAUGUCUUACAGUAUUAUUGCAACACAGAGAUUAUAUAAUGCGAAACCGAAUGGACUAUAAUGAACUAGCGAUGCAUUUUGAUAAAAUGGUGAGAAAACAUAAUGUUAACAGGGUAUUAAAUCAAGCGAGGCAAAUGUUCGCCGUUUAUUUAAAACAUCAUGCUCAAAGGGAUGGCAAUAUUAUAACUUGAGUGUCUUCAUGUAUAUUUUAAGUUAAUUCUCAAUCUAACUGUAUUUCAACAUACUUAUAUUUUUAGGUAUUUAAUGUAACAUGAACGAAUAUAAUGUAAUAAAUUAAUAAUUCCAAAAUAAUUUAAGUAGACUAAUAUGAUUUUCUUAUAUUCCAAGUUCUUAUUGUGAUAUUAUUAUAAUUUAUUUAUUUUUAAGUUUUAUACUAUCCGACUGCCAAAGAGAUGAUAAUCAAGAAGUGAUACUCUUGAUAUUAUGUUUAAUACUUAUUAUUUCUAAUUAGAAUUAAUUGUUUUAUAGUAUUUCUUUGUAUUGUCAUUAUUUCAUAAUUAAGCUUGUCUACUGAAUAUUAUAAUGAGCUAUUAUUAUUCUCCGUUUUUGCACCUAAACAUACACAUUAUUAUAUUAGUAUGUCAAAAUAUAUUCACACAAAUCACUUAUUGGGUAAACAGAAUGGAUAGUACUUAGGUCAUACUGUAGUUUUCUUGAUUCUCAUUUAUAAUGCUACAUAUUAUGUUUAUGAUAUACCUAUUUAUUAUUUAACAAAGUGUAUUCCUUCACUAUUUACACACUAGUAUUUUUUGAAACCAUUAUAAUAUAAAGCAGUUGUUACAGUCUAUCCGAGGGACUUGAAAUAUGACCUAUUGGAACACAUUCACCACUCUUUGAGAGUUCCAUUUUCAAAUACUGUUCCAAGUGGCUAGUAGAUAAAUCUUUCAGUUGUCCACAUUAUGUCAAAAAUUGGAUUUGAAAAGUGUGGAUUUUUUUAUUAUGCAAGCAAAGUCUAGUUCGGGAGUGAUGUGAAAGUAAAAUAAAUGCAGUACAGCUAAUACAUUUUACUUUGUUAAUAGCUUUAAUUGAACUUUGUUGCCUAUUCUAUUUAAAAGGUUAUAUAAUAUAAUUACCUAUAAUUAUAUAUUACAUGAAGUAGGUACCUAUUUGUGAUAUUAUUAUAAUCAGUGGAUAAACCAAACAUUAAUUACUGCAGGUGAUAUGUGCAUUUAUGAACAGCAAUGCUUAUUUCAAAACAUACCUAGACCCAUAAGAAAAAUUAAAGAGUUCAUUCAAAAAAUCUGUUUUUAUGUAGAUAAGCAAAGCAAUAUAAAGCUGCUUAUAAUUUUCUAAAAUAAUGUAACUUGUUUUAUUUAAAUAGUGUAUGAACCUUUUGAAUUUACUGAUUAAAAUCUGUAAAUAAUG